CUCCCUCUUCCUCGACUCAGGUACCCUUCCAACCCCCUUCAGCAGCAGAAAUGGUCUUCAUAUUCGGCGUCAACUUCCCCGAAAGUCGGCUGGUCGCCCGCUCCCUCCAAUCCUUCUACGGCAUCGGACCGCAGGUCUGCACGCGCCUGAUGGCCAGGUUCCACGUGCACAAGACGGCCAAGGUCGGCGCACUGAGCGACCGGCAGAUCAACGACCUGGCGGCGGAGCUGAGCACCAUGACGCUCGAGAAUGACUUGCGGCGCCAGCUGCAACAGAACAUCAAGCGCUUGAGAGAUCUGGGAACGUAUCGGGGGCGCAGGCACGCGAUGAAUCUGCCAGUGAGGGGACAGAGGACGAGGAGUCAGAUCAUGACGGCAAGGAAGCUGAACAAGAUUGAGCGGAUAGGAUGAGCAAUGCACCGUUAUUGAUCGGCGGCAUCAUGAUGAGGGACGGCAUGCGAGUCCUCGAAGGGGCGGUCGCGUUGUCAUCCCGUGGAUGAACCGGCUUCAAAGACAAACCCGAGAACAUUCACCAUCAAUCGUCUCGAGGAGAAGGGAGAAUGAUUGAGUACUCCGGAACUCGUGCGAUGCGCGAAACGAGACCACACUGCAGGGCUACUCACCCGCUCCCAGAGGAGAAUGCAGCGCCGGAAUGCCACUUUGGAUCCGUUGACUGUGGGAUAUCGCGACGGAGCACAUACGUACGCAGCGGCAUCAGGCAAAUCACAGUAUUUACUGUCUAUAGCAUAUCUGACACGAC